CGCACGACCGGAGCCGCCGCAGAUCCCGGCCCGACCCCUCACACUCAGCGCGGCCCGAGCCCGGUGGGACGUUCCCGGCGCUGCGGAGAGGCACAGGCUCCCUAGAAGAUGGGUGACUGGGAAUUCCUGGAGAAACUGCUGGACCAAGUCCAGGAGCACUCGACCGUGAUCGGGAAGAUCUGGCUCACCGUGCUCUUCAUCUUCCGCAUCCUCAUCCUGGGCCUGGCCGGGGAGUCUGUGUGGGGGGACGAGCAGUCGGAUUUCGUGUGUAACACCAAGCAGCCGGGCUGCACCAACGUCUGCUACGACAAAGCCUUCCCCAUCUCCCACAUCCGCUACUGGGUGCUCCAGUUCCUCUUCGUCAGCACCCCGACCCUGAUUUACCUGGGCCACGUUGUCUAUCUCUCCCGGAGGGAGGAGAAGCUGAAGCAGCAGCAGAGUGAGCUUCGGGCUAUCCACAGCAAGGACCCGAAGAUCGAGCAGGCCCUGGCAGCCGUGGAGAAGAAGAUGUCCAAGAUCUACGUGACGGAGGACGGGCGGCUCAAGAUCCGAGGGGCGCUGAUGUGGACCUACAUCGUCAGUGUGAUCUGCAAGAGCAUCUUUGAGGCUGGUUUCCUCGUCGGCCAGUGGUACCUGUACGGCUUCUCCAUGGUGCCCCGCUACGUCUGCAAGAGGGACCCCUGCCCCCACCAGGUGGAUUGCUUCAUCUCCCGCCCCACCGAGAAGAGCAUCUUCAUCAUCUUCAUGCUGGUGAUGGGCCUGAUCUCCUUAAUCCUGAACCUCAUGGAGCUCUUCCACCUCUGCUGCAAGAACCUGCUCAGCAACAUCAAGAAGGUGUCGGGGCCGGUCGUGCCGAGCCGGGAUGUCUUUGCCGACGACAUGGUGCCGGAUCCCUACGCGCCCAAGCACUACCCGUUCCUGCCCAUGGCCGAGAGCCACGUGCCGUCCUACCAGACCUACAACAAGCUCUCCAGCGAGCAGAACUGGGCCAACUUCCACAAUGAGGAGAACCUGGCGCUGGGCAGCGGCAACAGCAGGCCCCUGUCGGACCCCUACGCCCCCCGGGCCGCCGAAGCCUCUGCCCCGGAGGAGAAGCCGUGCAGCCGGCCCGGCAGCUCGGCCUCCAAAAAGCAGUAUGUGUAGUGCCGGGCUGGCCCCGGCUGGCAGGGGGACCUUCCCCGGUCCCACCUGCCUGCAAAGGUGCUGCCUGUGGGCAGGCAGCUGCCUCCUGCCUGGUGCUGUGCCUUAGGGAC